CUCCUCGAUCUGAGCCGCAGUCUGCCCUUUGGGACGGCCGGCAGGUUGGCGGACCUGAAGUACUUCCGGUUCGAGCGAGGCUCGAGGAGCGAGGAAACGACAAAUUUGAGAAAUGAGAUGCACCCAAUUAAGAGAAAUUAGAUGUACGCGUAGACGCCGCAUCGAGCGCUGAAUCAUACGUCGACGUCGCUCCCAUAUUGGAUGAGGCAAGAGGGAAUGUGUUAACUGCGAACAAGUCAGAGCCACUGACAUCUAAGAUGACAUCCAAGAAAGUGGUCGAGUUGUUCUACGAUGUGGUUUCUCCUUACUCCUGGCUUGGCUUUGAGGUCAUGUGCCGCUACAGAAACGUGUGGAAUAUAGAUCUCAAACUGCGCCCUGCUUUUCUGGGCGGCAUCAUGCAAGGAUCAGGCAACAAACCCCCUGGUCUGGUUCCAAACAAAUUUAUGUACAUGUCCAAGGACCUGAGACGCUUAUCAGGGUAUUUUGGUGUUCCCUUGCAGCUUCCAUCUGACCCCUUUGAGGUCAUGUUCAAAAAAGGCUCCUUGUCUGCAAUGCGAUUUGUGGCAGCAAUACAAGAGAGAGAGAAGGGUGGAGACCAGCAGGUGGAGAAGGUGUCCCGGGAGCUGUGGAGAAGGAUCUGGAGUGAGGACAAAGACAUCACUGAGCCUAAAUCAUUGUCUGAGGCAGGGAGGAAAGCAGGAUUGUCUGACAACGAGAUUGAAGAAGCACUGGUGCUGUCCACCUCAAAGGAGAUCAAAGACAAGCUGAAAAGCACAACGCAGUUUGCACUUGAUAAUGGGGCCUUCGGCUUCCCCAUGCUGGUGUGUCAUGUAGAUGGAAAGCCCGAGAUGUUUUUUGGCUCUGACAGAUUUGAGCUCAUGGCCCACUGCAUUGGAGAGAAGUGGGUGGGACCUCAGCCUAACACAUCAGCCAGACUGUGAGAGAAGAAGCUGAUUCGGUGUACUCACAGAUUUUUGAAUUUGUAGGUCAUUUUCCCCGAUUCUUGAAAAUGAAAUUUCGAUGCUGUGCCUUCUGGAAAUAAACCAGUAGCUGCAUAGACCUCAACGACGAAGAGUAGUGUAAAUAAUGUAACAUGCAAUUGUAGUGUUAAUUAUGUGCCUAUUAAAAGGAACACUGGCACCUUCUAGAUGAGAAAGAUCUUUUCUAUUGAACUAAUAUUUUGAUUUUUGCAUCCUAAUGUUAUGCUCUAUGGAUGGUGGGAUAAUCAGUCCACCGCUUUGGUCCAAAUAGAAAUAUCUAAUAAAACUUCAACAUUUGUGGUCCGAACAGGAUGAAUUGUACUGAUUUUGAUGAUCCCCUGACUGCUCCUCUAGUGCCACCAUGAGGUUGACUUCAGUGGUUUUGAGGGAAAUGUUUCCCUAACAAUAGCCAAGACAUUUAGUGCAGACUGUCAUGCUCCCCUUGGGAUGAAUUCCAGUGAUUGUUACGCCUUUAAAGUUUUCAUCUAGCGCCACCAUCAAAAUUUCAGUUAUUCUGACAAUUAAUUGGAACUAAAACAUGCUAAUAACAUCCCCAUCAUCCUCUGGUGCACUGUGUUAAGUGCUAAUAGCAAAUGCAAUAUGCUAACCUAAGGAGACUAAG